AUCGCGCAACUGCGCAGUAUCUGCGCGUCAACCUUCGCGGCGUCGAUCACGUCGAUGCCGCGACACUGAUAACGUAUCGAGAAGUUUCUUUUUCGACCUGUCUUUUUCGUAAAAUUAUGCAAUUUUUGUUAUGAACUCCGAUUAUCCGUAUCAGAGUCACAAAAAGAGAAGUAAAUAAAUCGCGAGGCAAACAAGUUUCAUCGCACGAUGUUACAAUAUUACAGCAACAUAAUUUAGCGAAACUAUUUCAGCCUGCCGCUUUUUUGACCGAACCUCUGGCUCUUCGGCAAAGACUUGUUUUACAAAAAAAUAUAAGAGUUCUUAAGGCCGAAAGUAAUCAGACAGCUGGCAACAUUGCGAGAGUAACACUGUGAGAGCCGCAUAUCAAGAUGCGUCAUUGAGGCUUGAAUAAUAGUAUUAGAGCAAACAAAAGAGAAGCUGUCGAUUUGAUUUUAAAAGCAUCAAAUUGGAAAUUCAAUAAUGGCUUUGUUAAAUUUUCGCUACACGAAAGACAUGGUUAAUCGUCUUACAACACCUCAAAGAAUAUUCUACGAGAAGAAUGGAUAUAUAGUGUUUCCUGGUCUCAUACCACAAGAUGUGCUCGAUAAAUGUCACGAAAGAUUUGAUGAAAUCAUUCAAGGCAAAAUUCCGCGAGAGGAGAUAACGGUAAUGUAUGAUGUAAAGGAUAAAAAAUCGGUAAAUAAAAUACAGGACUUAAAUUUUGACCCGGUAUUCCGUCAAUAUAUUGAACACGAGAAAAUUCUUGACAUAGUCGAGUGUUUUACGGGACCAAACAUCAUGGCGAUACAUAGUAUGCUCAUUGCGAAGCCACCAGACAUCGGAUUUGGAACUUCGAGGCACCCGCCGCAUCAAGAUUUGUAUUACUUUCCGUUACGACCAGCUGAUCAUAUAGUAGCUGCGUGGACAGCCAUGGAACCUUGCGAUAGUGAAAACGGAUGUCUCUUUGUAGCGCCCGGAACACACGCUUUAGGACGUUUAUUUCCGCACAGUUAUCCUUCUUCGAAGGAAGAAACGGUGAACAAGUUUUAUCAUGGCAUACAGGAACUGCCUUCAACGGUUAACCAUUGGGUAAAUCUCGAAAUGCAACCCGGCGAUACAGUAUUUUUCCAUCCAUUGCUCGUUCACGGAUCCGGUAUUAAUAAAUCCAAAAGAACCAGACGGGCAAUUUCUUGUCAUUACGCAGCAUCAGAUUGUACUAUUGUCGAUGACGAUCCGCUUCAGGAUUCUAUCAGGAGUGAAAUCUUGGAACUACUGAAGAAAAGGUAUCCCAACAUAGAAAUAACGUACUCGGAUGUAUGGCGCUACAAGUCCUCGCUCGUACGCGGUCUUCGCUCCUCCUUUUAAAAAUGUUCGAAAAUCAGACUACUAACUAUAUCAAGGUGUUAUUUCAUGAUGAAACAAUAAUUAAAUAAUGUUAACAUAAGACGGACAUAGGAUUGUCUGUCUUAUAUGUUAUAAGAUUGUACAAAUAGAAGUAAUAUCCGGGAGUGGGUAGGUAA